AGAAACCUAUGAAUAAAUUGUUUUUUAAAAGAAAGGCAUAAAGGCAAAUUGGCAAAAGAAAAUCUCAUCCCAAACUUUCCUCUCUUGCUCUCUCCGUCUCUCAAUAAAAUAAGCACUUCCAAAGCCCCCCCCCCUCUCUCUCUCUCUCUCUCUCUCUGUUUUAUGGGAAAACCACUCCCCUCUUCUUCUUUUUCAACAAAACUUCAAGAGUUCGCGAGGCUUGUUUCAGCGGAGAAACUCGAAGGGGCGAAGCGCGAAGCGUCCGUAUUCAGAGCAACCGGGGUCUGCCCGCCGGAUACACCGAAAUCGAGAAGGGUCCGAGUGGACUCCGAGCGACCCAACUUGAAGAUGGAGAACUCGGCCGGGCAGACCCGGUUGCCGUUGUCGGAGGUGGUGUCGGACUGCGUGAGGCGAUGGUUUCAGGAUACCCUUAAGGAGGCCAAAGCCGGCGAUAGCGCCAUGCAGGUUUUGGUGGGUCAGAUGUAUUCCAGUGGUUAUGGCAUCCCCAGAGACCCUCAAAAGGGUCGAGCUUGGAUGACCAGAGCUUCAAAGAGUCGAUCUUCGGUUUGGAAAGUUAGUGAUAAGCAUCCAGGGUACAAUGCGAGUGAUUCUGAUUCGGAUGAGUUGAAGGUUGAUGCAAAAUGAGAUGUCAAAGCACAUUGUUGUUGAAAGUAACAGUGAAAAGUGAGUAAAUCUCUCCCCCCCUCCCCCCGGC